AACAAAAAGUUUAUUGAUUUUGCUCUCCGGAAGUUUCUGUUUAUGUCCAAUCCUUCUUCGAGUAAACCGAAUCGGAAAACCAGCUUCGGAGACCGGUGCUUGCUCAUGGCUAAGCAACAACGAACUCGCCUCUACAUCCUCCGACGCUGUGUUUCCAUGCUCCUCUGCUGGCACGACCACUCUAUUUCUGACUAGCUCGUUAUCUGUUUUUCUGACUCAAUCAAAGUGCUGUGAUUUUAGGACUUUUUAGUUUAAUAUUUUACAGUUUUACAGUUUCACUUUUAGUUUUGUAGACUGCUUUUGUCUUUUCCCGGAAUCUCUGGUAUUUGGGCUUGUGCACACUGUAAAUAACAUGUGAGCUUUUUAAUAACAUCCUUUUAGUAAGCCCAAUAUGAUAUGUUCGCAUGUUAGCCCUAGUGAUUAUUCUUUUUGUUUA